GGCAUCGAACCUUGCGAAACGCGUCUCAAGGUUCGAAACGGAUCUCUGUCGGCGCAGGCCGAGGACCGGAGCUGAGCAGCCAUUAAGACAUCCGCUAGCCCGGGUUCGAUUCCCGGUGCCUCAUACUUUUUUAGUUUUGCUGAAUUUUGAUCUUUUUCUUUGAAAUCGAAUCUUGGAAUUGUUAUACGUCCUUAUUGACAUUUACUCAUAAGAAAGCUUUAUUUGCUUAUGCCAGUGGUCCACUGAUUGUACGAGUAAGACUGUAAGUGACCGGCAACAGUAUGAUUCGCACAAUCUGUCGGUCAGCACAUUGUGCGUAUCUAUGAAUUAGUAAUACGUCGGAAACAGAUGCCAGCAAAUCAUCGGGCGCCAAAACGGAGGAUUUGCUUUGUUAUUGGUUGCCUGCACGUGGUUCGUGGAUAUUUCGCCACUAUAAAGGCGACGUUUUCUUAUGAGAAACCAAGCUUCACCUGUGAGCCCUGACCCUGCAAGCGCUGAUCCACCAAGUGCCUCCUAUGAUGAGUUAAUAUUGCUGGCAUCUGUUCUGGAUGCCGAACGACUAGCUCAACACAACGUCGUUACUAUGCCGAAUCCAAACGCCAUGCAGCACGACGCCGAGCCCGAGCCCGGCGUGGAGCGGCCCCUGAUUGGCCAGCGUCUGACCCUGGCAUGCCGCGUUGGCGACCCUCUGGCAUCACUGUCGGGUGACAUUGUGUGGACGCAGAGAAAGCCCUUCGUCUUAGCGCAUUAUCUCUACAACAGCCAGCGAUACGUGGGGCCGGACAUCAGCGUGCGCGGCCACGGUAACAGCCUGGACAUCACCAAUGUCACGCACAACAGCACCGGAACGUACACCUGCUACCAACGCUGCCCAGCGACGUACCUCUGUCCGCUGCGGUACUACGCGCUGCUGCCCAGACCGCGGAACAUCGGUGACAUCUUCGAGAAGCCCCUGGAUAUCACGAUACUGUUUCACCAUCGGCAGUUCUCCUCCACGUGCUCGCUGCAGUUUCACUGUUCGCCGGAUGCUGAUGCGUACUGUAUCUGGAAAUACAACGGAGCGUUCAUAUCGGCGCCGAGUCGUCAUUUUCUACACAAGCUGGGCAAGUUAUUUUACAGUCCAUUUGUGCAAAUUACCGAAGCGAACUACCAGUAGGGGCUCGAGGAACCAUCGUACUGUGCCCAGACGAUCACUGUCUUUUGGUCAAAGCCACACAGCGGCGGACAAAUCGAGUGCUGGGCGCGGUCGGACACCGAGCUGGAAACGUGGUUUAUUCAACGAGGAAUCGUGGCGUUCUGAUGCAGCUGUCGCCCUGCCUAGAUGGUCAUUAUUUGGAAUUUGGAGGCAUCAGCGUUCCAAACAGUUAGCGUUACAUUGUAUUC